AUGGCACCCCCAUCCAUCGCAAACAAUUGGCUAGAUCUGGUCAACUUUGAGGUUCCCGGUGCCAUCCUCAGUAACCUCAAUGCUCGAGGGAUAAAGUGGCAGAAGAUCGAGAAUGCGUCGGGCAAUCUGAUCAACCUCGACACGUACAGUGUUGUGAUCGAUCAAUUUCCCGUCCGAAAUGGCCAACGCAUGGGGGCGGCCGAUUUCCUUUCCUUAUUCCGCAAGAACAUCAACACCUUCAUCAACACGACGUGGGCCAUUUUCUCGCCAUUCGACGCUUCACUCGAUGCCAAGUGGGCGACAAAUAGUCCACUGGGUGCAGCUAUCAAAAUCGAUGCUUUUGGUCCAGACAAUGCCGCGGUGGUUGUCUCCGAGUUUUCCACCCUUCGCUGGCGGUUUUCAACCAUCGAAACGCUCUUUUCGGGUGGGACAGGGACCCACCCGGUGAGUGGGACUCGAGAGUUUGGCAUGCACAAUGGGAAUAUCUUAUAUACACGAGGUGCCGAUCGGACCACGGGUGCUUUGGAGUCUGCGUUCGAGGGAGGCGCUGUUUGGAUCGCUGACCGGCUGUGGCGGAGCAUGCAAGACACCACCGUGGAGUGGAUCAACAGCAACGGUGGAUCUGCCAGCCUCGUGAACCCCACGAUCAAUACUCUUCCUUGGUGGGGUUAA